CUCAACGAUGCUUGUGCUGAGUCAAGAUGCUGCGGGCCGAUGGUGCGACGUGAGGGUCGAAGAUGCAUGUAGCUUGCUCGCUCAAGUGUCCGAGCCUUCCACGCAGCUACAAAUAUCUUGCGUUGCGUUUCGUGUUCCAGUGACAACAACGCCCAUUGUUGUACUCCUUCCCGUCCCCUCGUCGGCGUGCCUUGUGGCAGCCGGCACAAGUGUGUUUGAAUUGGUUGCUGAUAUCCUGCAUUGCUUUCCAUGUACCCCUAUGUUCAUCGCGUUGGUCGUGCUCAUGGAUGCGUUUGAAUGUAUAGCGACCGUCAAACCGGUACAACGAACUACAUUUGACAGCGACAGUGAAAGCGACGAUGACAAAACGGACCGCUUAAAGAAGAAGCACAAACUUGCCACGAAAGACGGCGAGCCCACGACCUUGGGUGCGCCGCCCGACUACACCGCGGCGUGGGGUGCUGCCCGUGUACGCCUCGUUAGUGGAGAGGACCUACCGGCCACUCUGGCUCAUCUAAGUUUCCCCAGUGACGUGAUCUCGUCGCACACAAUUUUGGAGGAUUCCUUCGUCGUGGCCGAGGUACCGCCGACGACAAUUUCCACGGAAGGCAUCCUCAAUGCUGGAUUUAUCAUGACGCACCCCAUCGCGACCCCUGGCUUUCUCACAUCCUUUGCGCAACGAUGCAUCGAAGAUCAAGAGACGACCAUCAUGUGGAAGCAGUCGGUGGUCUCAUUCAACGGGUGCCGAGAGCUGUCUGAACACGGCGCCGGGAAAACACCGCCAGAUAUCGCAGAGAUGCUGGACAACAUUCGACGACGACACGCAUCUGGCACGUUUACCAAGCUAGUUUUGCCAACCAUGGCGUGGAGUGAUGUCGUGGAAAAGUACGCCACCACCUAUCCAUGGAUACGAGGCAUCCACGGCGAUCUUCGCAUGCGCAAGAUCAUGCAAGUCUUGCCAACUGAACCAGUGUGCAUUCGUUUGAAUGGGAGCUGA